AUGCAAUCACUAGUCCUCCCCCCUUCUUCCUUUAUCACUCCAGAUUUCGGACAUUCAAGACUUGAUCCGGGUCCAGGGAGGAUUUCUUUUGAUCUAACUCGAUCAACCAAUGCUCGAAGGUGCAACCCCCGGGAUCUCCCACUCCCUCGCUCUAUGUCCGCUUCGGUCUCGGCAGAAGACCCGCUGGAGACUUCUGGAAACGUCAGACGGCCCGGUCAGUCAGAGACCCCUCAACCGGUAACGGCGGUGGAGUCUUCGACUGUGUCGGCGCCUACUGGAAUAUCCGCUGGGGUAGCGGGACAGGUCCGCGCUCCGAAAACACCUACUACAACGAUCCACGAAUCAACAUACUACCGAGUGAUCUCUGGCCCCGGGAACGAUGUACCUCGACACCCAUUUCCAGUCAGCGACAGUUUCUCUUCGCGCUUGCCAGCCUCACUCAGCGUCCCGGUAACUUCUCAGCCUUCGGUGCCGACUUUUUCGCAGCCCACCUUUGGAACGUCACCGCCUGGGGCUGCUGGCCGGUCACUGCAACAGAAACCGACGAGACGCACCAAGGCCCAUGUGGCUUCCGCGUGUGUGAACUGCAAGAAGAAGCAUCUGGGCUGUGACCCUGCCCGGCCUUGUCGAAGGUGUGUUUUGUCGGGAAAAGAAGUAAGUUUUGUCAUCUAUGCAACAUGUGUCGAUGUUACGCACAAAAAGCGGGGAAGGCCGCCCUUGAAAGCCGAAGACGCGUCUCUCAGAACGUAUGCAUCACAGACAGACAAUUCAGGAACAUCCGGAGAGCAGCAUGCGGCUCAGCCACGGCGCCCCAUGCAUAGGGCUACAUCAUCCCGUGAGCUCAGACCCAUGACCGACUUACAGGUAACCGGCGGACCCCCUGGACCCUACGGCAUAAGGGUCUCUCCAGGGCAGCCAACGAGAUGGCCGGGUGCUAUAUACUCCCAGGCCAUUGAUCCCUCGCUGUCGAUGCAGCGUAACAUAGGACAUCGGCGUUUUUCCUCCUCGAGCUCAGUACAAUCCAUGGCAACAGUGUCCCCAGGCAGUUUCGUGCCGAUUGGAGGAUACAGCCCGGUUAUGGGGGCAUCCCAUAUGCCUAUGGGCGUUGGGAGACCGCUCUCAUCAUACGGAAACCAAGUGGUACACCCCAGUUCUUCACCACCGCAAUAUUAUCAGCCGUACGGUGUCGCUUAUUCGCCAUAUCCACCCAAUGCUAGAGUGGUCAAUCGGAUGCCCAUAGCGGACCAACAGGUACCAAGAGAUCCUCGGGAAAAUCUGGUGGAGUCUUCAGUUAGGCUUCCCCCUAUUUAUCCUCCCACAAUGGGAAAUCCCCAACCUGGGCCACAAGCACAUCGGCUGAGCGACCCAUAUCCAGCGAAUUGGUCACCUCGCACUCGAGAGGAACUGAUGCAGCAGGAACUACGGCAACUACCGUCACACGGCCACGGUACCAUUGAACCUGUCUCGCCGAGCAGCCAGAUGCGUCAAGCAGCAUCGGACUUCAGUUUCGGUAGCCAAAUUCCCCGGCAUCUGGCAACAGUUCCUCCUAUGCAAGAACAACCGCCUCAGGAAUCUCCUGUACGAGCUCGAGAUGACCAACCAGCUGCUGAGGUCGAGACUGAUGAUUCAAGGCCCGCCAAGAGACGGAAGAUGGCCUUGGAUGAUAUGGUUAACGAUUGA